CUACCGGCCCGGAAAUAGCCGCACCUUCAAACCACAGCCAUGGCCGAUGUGGAAAUGCGUACAGAAUCCAAGGAUGAUGACUGGGUGCGAAUUGAAAGCAACGAUGGGUUUUCUUUUCUAGUUCGACGACGCGUCGCCAAUAUCAGUGGAACCAUCAAAAAUUCUCUUGACACUGAAAGUGGCUUCUCGGAAGCUGAAUCCAAAACAUACGUAGCGAGAGAGUAUCGUGGCCUCAUCAUCCAAAAACUCUUGGAGUACAUGUGCUUCAAAGCUCACUAUGAUAAGGUUGGUCCCAAGGAGGAGGUACCUGUGAACGAGUUUCUUGAACGAAUUCCCGCCGAGAUUGUAUUGGAGCUGCUUCUUGCCGCAGAUUACCAAGAAAUGUAAACCAUACCGUCGUUUGUGUAUUCGGCUUCUGUACUACGUGUAACAUAUCCAGCGGCAUGUGCCCAUGGUCGUAUCUGUCAUCUAUUUCUCAGAACUCCCCAACAAGGAAACAAUUUUCUUACAUUAGGAUCCUCAAGUACACAAUGUUGGUCGACCUCCUAGAUUUCGCGUGAAGGUCUUAGUCAUCACGUUCCCGCCCUUCCUCCUACCACCACCGCUUUCUCCGCUAAAGUUACACCGACAACG